AAUGAGAGGGAGAGGAAAGAGAAAUAGAAUGAUGUUGUUGUUUCCUUUUAUUUCCUUCCCCUUUUCUUUCCUUUAUUUUUCUCUAACCAAAUAUACUUCUAUUGUUGGUCCUAGGUUUCAUUGAUGUUAGGAUGAGUUCUAUAAAUUUGUUUUAUCCGGGUUUAUUUUCCUUUAUCAACUCUUCUAUCACUCGAUAUCUUGGUCUCAUUUCGAAUCCAUUACUUAUGCAGUGGCUGAUGUUAUGCUAUGGAGGGACAAGAAGAUAUCUGCAAGUGUGCUUGGUGGUGCCACUGUAUUAUGGGUUCUCUUUGAACUACUGGAGUACCACUUAGUAACUCUAGUCUGCCACAUAUUGAUAGUCUCUUUGGCUAUCCCUUUCCUAUGGUCCAAUGCAUCAAAGUUUAUCAACAAGUCCCCUCCAGGGAUUCCAGAAGUUGUACUCCCAGAGAAGUGCACACUUGAAGUUGCAUCUGCACUGACAACAGAAAUCAACAGGGCUUUGGCUGUUGCGAGGGAGGUUGCAUCUGGCAGAGAUUUGAAGAAAUUUCUUGGUGUUAUUGCAGGAUUGUGGGUUCUCUCCAUUGUGGGUAACAAGUUCAACUUCUUGACCUUGUUAUACAUUGUAUUUGUUCUGCUACACACUGUGCCAUUUGUUUAUGAGAAACACGAGGACAAGGUUGAUUCAUUUGCUGAGAAGGCCAUUAUUGAGAUCAAGAAGCAUUAUGCAGUGCUUGAUGAGAAGGUUUUGAGUAAAAUUCCCAUACAGCAAGUUCUAGGACAACUGAAAGACAAGAAGAGAGAUUAAUCAAUGCUAAUCUUUUCCUCAGAAUGGAAGACCAUGUCUUUGUCAUUGUUCUUCUCAUUAGAAUCCCUAUUUCUAUUUUAUAUUUUCCACACAUCGUCAUUGAAUAUGACUUGUUACCAAAUGCAGGGCUUAAAGAGUCUUGAACUUGAAUUCAUAGAUUCACCCUGCCUUCAUGUAGAUUCUAUCACAUAAUUGGCGUUGCUUAGAUAGUUCUAUUUUGCAUUAUCAUUCAGUGCUCUGAGGCAGCUUUUUCUCCUUGUUUCUGUUUCUUUUCCCUUUCAUUUUUCUCCCUUUCGAGUGUGUUUCUUCAGACAAUUUUAAUUUUUCUUUGAUCAUCUUCUUAAUAUUUAAACCUCUCUCCAGCUGUUACUAAGUUUGUCUUAGGAUUUGAAUAAUAUACAAGUAGACUCAACUUUGAAGAAUUGAGACAUCCUUUAAGAACAUCUUUGAUGUUUUAUGGUAGUACUAAAUUUGUUAAAUGCAC